UUUUUUGUAUCAUAGCACAAAACGGCUGAUUUAAAAUAUUUUGCAAGCCUUUUUUAAAAUUUAAAAUUUAAAUACUUGUUGAUAGAAUCAGAGAUCAUUUAAAACUAUUUAUUUAUUAUUUAUUUAUUGAAGAAAGAAUGGGUUUUGAUAAUACAGCUUUUGGUGGACAAUAUCCAACAACACAACAACAACAACAACCUCCUUCCUAUGAACAAUCAAUGAUGAAUCAUACUCCAAGUACUCCUACAACAACAAAUACGCCAGUUGCUCCAGUUGGUUUUUUGGAUAGAAAUUCGAAUAUGAAUGCCUCCUUUACCUCAACCUCUUCAUCAGCAACUGUAACACAAUCAAUGAGUGAUUCCUUUAUUAAAAAUCAUCAAUUGGAGACAAAGUAUCAUCCAAAUGAUCAGGCCUAUGAUACUGGACUUGUCAAUUUGAGACCACAAACUCAAGGUCAACAAUAUAAUGUUCCACAACCAAUUAAUCAAUAUUACAUUCCACAACAACAACAACCAUAUCAACCUCCACAACAACAACAAGUUCCACAACACUUGCAAAAUCAAGUUGUCUAUCCAAACUUGAAUAAUCAACAAAUUCCACCACAACAACCAUACAUUCCAAUGAAUAACCAAUAUGUACCACCACAACAACCAAGUUUACCUCCUCUUCCACAAAAAACUCAACCAACUACCAUGACUUAUCAAAAACCAAAUCCAAUUCCACAACACAUGCCAAUGCCACAACCUGUAAUGCCAAUGCGUCAAUCAAUGAUUAUUCCACCACAACAACCAUAUAUUCAUCCACAACCUGUAAUGAUAACACAACAACCAGUUGUUGUAACUCAAAGAACUGUCACACAAACCUACAAUACUCCUCAAAUGAUUCAUCAACCUGUAUUUGUUUCUCCUCCAGUUGUCACACAAGUUCCAGUAAGAACAACAGUUGUUACCACCACCACUCCAUCAAUUGUACCACCAGUUGGAAAUGUAAGAGUAGUUCAUGGACCACCUCCUUCAAUGCCUCCAGGAGCUGUGGGAUAUUCUGCUUAUUAUCCUCAACAUAGCGUUCCAGUUUCUUCAACUACUGUCUAUGUCCAACAAAAGAAAAAGAAAUCACUCUUUGAUAAAUUCGUUCAUGGAGAAUAAAUUAUUCACACAAAACAAUUCUUUAAAUCU